AUGGGUGGGUCGGUAAUGGAGGUCACCUCGAGUAAUGCUGCUGCUACCUUAUUUAUGGCAAACAGUUUCGUUCCCAAUCAUAUCACAUCGAUGCCGCGCUGGCUGUUUCUUCUGGGCAUGUCGGCCCUGUCUCUACUGUACAGUCUGACCAGAGUGUUUGGCCUAAUGGCCACUACUAACUCCAGUCCACGAGGCAUAAAGAGGGCAAGGGAGAGCCUUUACCUUCGCGUCCACGGCGCGGUGAUGCUGAUCUUUGUGGGCUGUUUUUCGCCCUACGCCUUCUGGUGCAUUUACCAAAGGAUGGCCUUCCUGCGUCAGAAUCAAAUCCUGCUACUAAUUGGAUUCAAUCGAUAUGUCCUGCUACUAAUCUGUGCUGCUAUAACCCUGUGGAUACACUGCUCCAAGCAGAAAGAGAUCCUAAGGUGUCUCAAUGGAUUACUGAAGUGCCGCAGGCAGUUAAGGAAACUUAUGCAUACGGUGGAGCUGAGGGAAUCCCUGGAUUGUCUGGCUAGCAGGGGACAUCUGAUCGAUGUGGUGGUGCUACUCAUAUCUAUAGUCUUCUCCUCUGCUCAGCCUAUCCAAGUCCUCAAGGACGAUCCUGAAGUGCGAAGGAAUUUUAUGUAUGGCUGCUGUUUGGUUUUCGUCUAUAGCUGCCAACUCAUCCUGCAGCUAUCCCUGGGGAUGUACACGUUGGCGUUACUAUUUCUGGGUCAUCUCGUUCGACACUCCAAUCUGCUGCUGGCCCAAACUCUGACAGAUGCUGAGAAAAUUCUGAAAAAUUCUCUAAGGGCUGGAUUUUGGCCAAACCGCCAGCAGCUGUAUAGAGAGCAACAAAAAUGGUUGGCCCUCGAAUUAUGGAGAUUACUUCAUCUCCAUCAGCAAUUGCUGAAGCUGCGUCAAUGCAUCUACUCAUUGUACGCCGUACAGGCCGUAUGCUUUGUGGGCUAUGUGCCCUUGGAGUGCAUGAUUCACCUGUUCUUCACCUACUUCAUGAAGUACAGCAAGUUCAUAUUGCGAAAGUAUGGCAGAUCUUUUUCAUUAAACUACUAUGCCAUAGUUUUUAUGAUUGGACUUUUCACCAAUCUGCUGCUGGUAAUUCUACCCACCUACUACUUAGAAAGAAAACUCAACGGCACUAGGGAAACUCUACGGCGUGGCACUCUAGUCUUUUCAUCGAGAAUUACAGCAAAGCAAUUCAAGCACACUAUGCACUACUACGGGCUGUAUCUGAAGAAUGUGGACUCUAUGUUUACCGUCAGCGCCUGUGGACUGUUUAAGCUUAACAAUGCCCUGCUUUUUUGCAUUGUAGGUGCCAUCCUAGAGUAUCUUAUGAUACUGAUACAAUUUGAUAAAGUCCUAAAUCAAUAGCUAAGAAAAUCCCUCCACACAGACAUUAAAGCCAUAAAUAAAUAUAAAUUAAAUUGUUCCCUUGUUAAGGUUGGGUUGGGUUAUCUAUAUAUCUGAAUAUA